AUGUCCUACUGCGGAGACCUCUGCGUGCCCUGCAGCUGCCCCCGCGAGGUGCCCUGCCCGCAGCCCCUGGCCCGCACCUGCAGCCAGCUGUGUGUGACCUCCUGCAGCGACUCCAGAGCUGUCCUUUAUCCACCUCCCGUGGUCCUCACUUUCCCGGGGCCAGUGCUCAGCUCCUGCCCGCAGCAAAGCCUGGUGGGCAGCUGGGGGCCGCCGGGCACCGGGCGCCCGUUGGGGUCUGGGGGCUGCCUGGGCCACAGGGGCUAUGGGAGCGCUGCUGGCCUGAGGGGCUCCGUUCUCUCCGGGGGCUCAGGUGGUUAUGGGGGUGCCUGCAGCUACAGCAGGCCUUACAGCUCCGGGUGCCCCUCCCUGGGCAGGGGCAGCUGCAGCCCCCACGCCUGCCGCCGGCGCAGCUCCUGCAGCUGCGGACCCUGCUGA